AUGAAUUCUUCCAAGAAAAAAAUCACAAAUGAUGAUAACACUACAACUAAUCUUAAAAAAGGUUCACAGAAAUUAAAAAAUAAAGAUGAUUUAAAUCCGCCCAUUAAAUCAGUAGGCGAUAAAAAUGUUAAAGACGAGAUUGAUGAAAUAUUUUCAAUGGCGAAAAGUAAAGUAAUUACUCCUACAACUUUACCUCUUCCUCCUUUAAUGAAGAAUUCGACUUUAUCAACCAUAAAUCAAAAAAAAAGAAAAUUACAAGAAAAUGAUUUAAAAGUCGUUCCUUCAUCUUCACAUACCUCUUCACAUGCCUCUUCGACUUCAUUUACUGAGAUUGAUUCUUCGAAGAAAGAAUUUAUAUUUAAAGUUCCUGCUAUACCUGAUAAAUCAAGAAAUAAAAAAUUACGAGAAAACGAUACGGACGGAUUUAGCGAUUCAAGAGGCACAAAGAGUCGAAAGACAACGGAAGAUGGUCUUGCUGUUUAUGAUAUUAACGAAUUAAAUAUUGGUAAUGGUGGAGAUACACCGCUGUGCCCAUUUGAUUGCGAAUGUUGUGAGUAUUAUUAUUAA